GCGUCCCGGGCCCGCGCCCCGCCGCCGGCGGCCGGCCAUGCUCAUCACGCUGUGCUACCUGUACCUGUGGGCGCGCUGGGGGCGCCGGCCCGCCGCGCUCGUGCGCGCCACGGUGCAGCGGCUGCGCGCCUCGCGCUGCUCCUUCACCUUCUGCGGCGCGGCCGCGCUGCCCCGGGGCGCCCGCGUGUGCCUGAGCCGCGGCGGCCGCGUCUUCUGCGUCGGCGAGNNCCAGUCCAUUGAUGACUUGAACAAAUGGGCCCUGUUUCUCGUUUCUCCGUUUAUCCUUGAAGCAGAACACGUAGCUUUUGUGACAGAGAGCAUUUGGGUGCAAGGUGAGAAUUUGCAGAGACCGUCCUCCUCUUCAGAAACCCUUGUGAAGUGGUCAGACUGUUGUUUGCCGUUGGCCUGCAGACCUGGGGAUCCGUAUCAGUUAAUUGCCGAAGCCAGUGUGGACGACUUCAGUAAGCUGGGGGUGGCGUUCCUGGAAGACAGGCUCCAGAUGGCUAAUGGACUGAUCCCCCAAAAGAUCGUGUCUGUGCACUUGCAGGACUCUGCUCUGAAGGAACUUAAGGAUCAGGCCUCAAACAAACAAGCUGAAAUCCUGCAGCCGAGCCCUGAGGCUUCUGUUGAGAAUAAGCCUGAGCUGGACGUCAUGGAGCACGUUGGCCAAGAGGAGCCGAAGGUUCUCGGGCCAGAAGCCACGCAGCAGAAAGGAGGUGCCUCUGGGAGCGAGCCUGCCGGGGAGAGUGACAGAGGAGUGGGCUCUCUCGAGCUCUGUCACCUCCAUCUGUCUAGUUGCCACGAGUGUUUGGAGCUUGAGAACAGCACCAUUGAAUCCGUCAAGUUUGCAUCUGCAGAGAACAUUCCGGAUCUUCCCUACGAUUACAGCGGCAGUUUGGAGAGUAUUGCUGAUGAUGUCUGCCCUGAGAGAGAAGGGAGGAGAGUCAACAUCACGGGAAAGGCCCCCAACAUCCUCCUCUACGUGGGCUCUGACUCCCAGGAAGCCCUGGGCAGGUUCCAGCAGGUCCGGUCCGUUCUGGCCGACUGUGUGGACACCGACAGUUACACCCUCUACCACCUGCCGGAGGAAAGUGCUCUCAGAGACCCAUGGUCAGACAACUGUCUGUUGCUGGUCAUUGCCACCAGGGAGUCUCUUCCCGAGGACCUGUCCCGGAAAUUCAUGGCCUAUCUUUCUCAGGGAGGGAAGGUGUUGGGCCUGUCUUCAUCCUUCACAUUUGCUGGCUUCCAGGUGACAAGCAAGGGCGCCCUGCAGGAGACAGUCCAGAACCUGCUUUUCUCCAAGGUCGACCAGAGCCAGGUGAAGCUCAGCGUCCUGAGCAGCGGCUGUGUUUACGAGCACCCUGGGGAGUGGCUCAGCCUGGGCAAGCUCCAGGGCCACCUGGAGAAUGAGGACAAAGACAGGCUGAUUGUGCAAGUGCCUUUUGGAACAUGUGGAGGAGAAGCUAUCCUUUGCCAGGUGCACUUAGAACUACCUCCCAGCUCUUCAGUGGUGCGGACUCCGGAAGAUUUUGAUCUGCUCAAAUCGAGCAAUGUGAGAAGAUACGAAGUCUUGAAGGAGAUCCUGACAACCCUGGGCCUCAGCUGUGACGUUCAGCAAGUUCCUGCCUUAACGCCUCUCUACUUACUGUUGGCUGCCGAGGAAAUCCGGGAUCCUCUUAUGCAGUGGCUGGGGAAACGUGUGGAUCCUGAAGGAGUAAUACAAUCCAGCAAGGUCUCCCUUAAGUUUGUUUCAUCGUACACAUCUGAAAUAGAGAUCACCCCCGCUGCUAUACCUGUGGUGACUGACGUGGAGGCCUUCUCAUCAGAAAACUUUAACUUAGACAUCUACCGACAAAAUUUGCAGACAAAGCAACUUGGAAAAGUAAUUCUGUUUGCUGAAGUGACACCCACCACGAUGAGUCUUCUGGACGGGUUGAUGUUUGAGAUGCCACAGGAAAUGGGUUUAAUAGCCAUCGCAGUCCGCCAAACGCAGGGCAAAGGGCGGGGAAGGAAUGCUUGGCUGAGCCCCGUGGGAUGCGCUCUUUCUACCCUGCUUGUCUCCAUCCCGCUGAGAUCCCAGCUGGGACAGAGGAUUCCGUUUGUCCAGCAUCUGAUGUCCCUGGCGGUCGUGGAGGCGGUCAGGUCCAUUCCUGAGUAUCAGGAUAUCGACUUACGAGUGAAGUGGCCCAAUGAUAUUUAUUACAGUGACCUCAUGAAACUUGGUGGAGUUCUGGUUAACUCAACGCUUAUGGGAGAAACGUUUUAUAUACUUAUUGGCUGUGGAUUUAACGUGACUAACAGUAACCCUACCAUAUGCAUCAACGAUCUCAUCCUAGAAUACAACAGGCAACACGGGGCAGACCUGAAGCCCUUAAGAACUGAUUUCCUCAUCGCCAGGACUGUGACCGUGCUGGAGAAACUCAUCGACACAUUUCAGGACAAAGGGCCCAAUGGCAUUCUUCCCCUUUAUUAUAAAUAUUGGGUACACAGUGCUCAGCAAGUCCGGCUCGGAAGCUCCGAGGGGCCAACGGUGUCGAUAGUCGGCCUAGAUGAUUCUGGGUUCCUUCUGGUUCACCAGGAGGGUGGCGAGGUGGUGACCGUGCAUCCGGAUGGCAACUCCUUUGACAUGCUGAGAAACCUCAUCAUCCCUAAACAGCGGUAGUCCCCGUCUCCAGGAAGACAGAGAGACAGAGACAGCCCCGGGCCUGCCGUCCUUGCUCACUGGGCCUGCUGCUUGGGCUGGGCUGCGGGAGAGAGGGCAGAGAGGGCAGCAGCUGAGAUGAGCCGGGGGUGACGGAAGUGCAGAACCCCCAGAGAAGCAUUCCAGUUGAAUUUCUGCAGCCCGUGGAUUUGGAAAACUAAUUUAGAGUUGCAGGCAAAUUUUUUCUCCCUCCAAUUAAUCUGUUUAAUUCUUUAAUUUUGUUCUGUCUGCUAUCAUUUUAUUUGAAGAUGUUCUGGAGUAGAGGGUUGACAAGUGGAAGAUUUAGUUCAGGUAAAGCCCCACCAUAGGUGUGAAAUUGUUCUCUCCCUUGAGCUUCGAUGUGUGUUUCUUGGCCGAAAAAAAAAAAAAAAAAAAAGGUUUAUACAUGGAAACAGAAUGGAAUAAUGCAAAUGUUUUCCCAGUAGUGAAGACCUUUAUCCCUAGACUAUUAAAAGAUAAAUCAAAAAAAGCUCUCCAGCCUAGGCUAGUGGUGAAUUAGAGGUAUGGUAACACUGUUUAUAAGCAUCCAGGGAGGUGUUUUCCUACAGGAACAUACAUCAUCACUUAGUCAUUUUAUUUAUUUUUUUGUUAACAAAGAAAAGAGAAGGUAGAGUUCCGAAGAGUUCCUCUCGGCCUCGUGGUUUGGGGUCCAAUAACAGCGUCUGAAUGCCUACAGAGAUGCGUCUAGCUGGUACGGUUGCAAUGAUCUUGUCCAGGAAAUCAGUUCAUUACUUUGACGUUAAUUUACGAGCUCUCCUUUCAUAAGUUUAAAUUUACUGCCUACUCUGAAGUGAUGAGAUCAAGUUCAAGAUCCUUAAAGCGUUGAUUAGGCAUUGCCUGGAUGUGGGGGUGGGUGGUUUGGCUCUAACAGCUGGAGAUGAAGUCUCGCUCUCAUACCGCAUGCAAGGGAGGAUUUAGAGCUUUUAAGCCAGUUUCAGGCUCGCUUUGAAAUGGGGAGCGUUCCUGCCAGACUGUGCAGUACACAGAAUGUAGAAAUAUGUGGCAUUUUAUUCGUAAGUCUUAAUUUUUUUGCCCCUUUUUCCUAUAUUGCCAAGAGAGAAAAUGUUACUGAUACUGAAUGCCAUCAUUUAGGAGGGAGGAUGUGUGUGUGUGUGUGUGUGUGUGUGUGUGUGUGUGUGAAGCUUUAAAAGAUGUUCAGACUCUGAUGCCCUAAGUUUCUCCAUGGAAGAACAAAAGAAAGGAAGCCUUUUGAUACGCACUUGCUAUUUCCAGAUGGACUCCACGCUUUUUCCAUGUAACUCCUAUCUGUGUUGAACUUCUGAAUCAUACACAUUACUUUUCAGCCUUAAAAGGCCCAUUUUUGUCCACUUUUCUCUCUUCCUGCCAGUCCCAACUGAAAUUAGUGGAAAGAAAACUUGAUGGAACUCUCAGCUUUAAACAAAAUCCCCUCAUUGUACACCAGCACCAUCUUUAUCCAGUUCUUACCCAGUCAGGCUAAUUCCAGAAACUUGUGGUUUUCAGUAUAAAAUCUGUCUACCUUUAGCCAGGCACAGGCAGCCCCAUAGGAAGGAAAAAAAUAACAUGUUUAGUUAAGUACACCAACCCAAUAUGUGUUUUUUGGAAGUGUAACUUUAAAAGAAGUUCAAAAGUAAUUUUUGCAAAUAAGGCUUCAAUUAGAAUUAUUUUUCUAAAAAAGGAAAAAAAAAAAAUCACUCUCCUAAAUGCCCAAAUCUUCCUGUGGAAUUAGUGACAAGUUUAAAUAAAAGUCCACACCACCCCAAAAUUACAAAAUGGACUCACCCUUGAGAGGGCAUCUGCAAAAUAUCAUCGAGAAGAAAGAUCUCCAGGCUAAUGUUGCAAGUUUCAUUUCUCAAACUUUGUAAUAUAAGGCAAGUCAUCUCUCAGAGCUGCCAUCAAGACUUUUUGAAUUUCUUUGGGGGGUUAUUUAAUGAAAAACAUGUUUUGUUUUAAGCUGAAGUUCUAUUCUAGACAGUUCUGCUUUGGGGAAAAAAAUGUUAUCAUUUAAUUUCCUUUCUGUAAAUUAAAACUAAUGACGUGUGGCCACGUCAAAGCAGAUGGAGAUGUUCGGGGCAGAUUGCUUUGCCUCUGUGCUUUUAAGACCGUUCUUGUGCCGACAUCCACUUGUCUUAAGGGAGAUAGAACGGACUUGAAGCAGAUGCCGCAUUUUUUAUAAACCUGAUUUUACCAAAGACUUUUGAAAUUCUGCUUCAUAUAGAGCAGCUGAAUAAAGGCAUUUUACUUACAGCUGUUAGCAUUAGGGAAACCGAUACACUCAUCCAUUUGGGGCGUUUCUGUACCCGGCAAUCUACGAUCUCAAGGAACUUUAAAGUCUUAACAGAAAAUCUUGCAUUUUCUUCUUAAUCUUUAAAACACAGCAACGAAACUAACCUAAGCACAGGACUGGCAUGUGCUUCUAGGACGCUGAAUUAUCCCCCAGUUUAGAGGCUGUGCAUUGAGCAUCUCCCAGGUUAUAUAAAAGGCAAGACAUCCUCCCUUCUGGCUUAUAGCAGAUUUCAGAGGAACUCUUGGAGAAAGGCCCCUAAAACAGGACAGCAGCAGCUGGGCUUCCUUGUCUCCCGACCAGAGCAGUGCUCCUUGGCACUGGGAAUCCUGGCUGCGUUCUCAGGGUGUGGGCAAAGUAGGAUUUGUGUUCAGUGUCAGUCGGUGGGUUCGCUGAUGCAGCAUGCUGACUUUGCCUGCUGUGGGAGCGAGUGGCCAGAUGAGCGGGGGGUGCACAGGCCCAGGUGGGGGAAGCCCGUAGCCUCCAACUCCCCACCCCCCACAUACACAUGGGGACACGGGGAGGCCUACUUAGUCACCCCCCACCCUAGUCUGGGAGCAAGAGAGAAGCCAGCCUCACCCAACAGUUUCAGAAUGCAAAAAGGAGGCAUCUGAGGCUUAUUCUCUAGAUUUGUUUGCUUUGAACCGGCAGAAAACUGAGCAUCCUUAUUCCUGGGUAAUUACUAUGCAUAUUUGAAAUAAAAGAAAGUGUAAACCUUUGCAUUUUUAGCUUUUCAAAGAUUCAUCUCUGAAAAGGAAUUACUUUAAACCAAUGCCUAUAAAAAGCAAGUCUACCAAAAUAAACUUUGACUUUCUAUAUA